AACAUGAUGCCUCUUUGCAAGUCAACUCGUGUGCUCUGUAGCUGAUAGAGGUACCUCGGGCUGAAAUAAUAUACCUCUAUUGUACUGGAGAACGUGGUGUGUGACAGCCCCCCCCCGGGUUCAGCAAAUGGCAUUCUGCUUCGUAUCGCAACACUGACAGGAGAAUGUCUCCACAUUGGCGUUAAAGCUGGCAGGGCGACACAGAAAUCAACUUUGUCUAUUUUUAAUGGACACGGCAGAAGCGGCGGUGGUGGCGGCGGCGGCGGCGGCGGCGGCGGCAUCGGCGGGCGGUUUGUUUUCCUUUCGUCUUUAUCUGUAGCUGCCCGGGUGAGCCCCCCGUGUGUCCCCCUGCUCCGUCUGGUUCCCUCCUACUCUUCCACUAAACAGUCCCAGUCUGCACAGCAUGGUCAUGGCUGACAGUGUCCAGAAACCGCAGAUCCGGGGUCCGGUCCGAGUAGGCUUUUACGACAUCGAGCGCACUUUAGGAAAGGGCAAUUUCGCUGUCGUGAAGCUGGCUCGACAUCGUAUAACCAAGACCGAGGUGGCCAUCAAGAUCAUCGAUAAGACCCAGCUGGAUGCUGUCAACCUGGAGAAGAUCUACAGGGAGGUUCAGAUCAUGAAAAUGCUCGACCACCCCCACAUCAUCAAGCUCUACCAGGUGAUGGAGACGAAGAACAUGCUUUACUUAGUCACCGAGUAUGCCAAGAAUGGGGAGAUCUUUGAUUACCUCGCGAAGCACGGCCGCCUCAGCGAGCUCGAGGCCAGGAGGAAGUUCUGGCAAAUCCUGUCUGCAGUGGAGUAUUGUCACAACCGCAACAUCGUCCACAGGGACUUGAAGGCAGAGAAUUUGCUGCUGGACGGCCACAUGAACAUCAAGAUUGCAGAUUUUGGAUUUGGGAACUUCUUCCAGCCAGGAGAGCCUCUGGCCACGUGGUGCGGCAGCCCGCCUUAUGCUGCUCCAGAGGUCUUUGAGGGCCAACAGUACGAGGGGCCGCAGCUAGACAUCUGGAGUAUGGGGGUGGUGCUAUAUGUGCUGGUGUGUGGUGCGUUACCCUUCGACGGGCCCACUCUGCCUGUGCUUCGACAGAGAGUCUUAGAAGGAAGGUUUCGAAUCCCCUACUUCAUGACUGAAGACUGUGAGCACCUGAUUCGCCGGAUGUUGGUGCUGGACCCGUCGAAGCGUCUGUCUGUGGCUCAGAUCAAGGAACAUAAGUGGAUGGCUCUGUAUGCUCCUGUGCAGAGGCCUGUUCUGUAUCAGCAGCCGCUGUCUGCUGAGGGCGAGGCGGGUGUGGGAGAGUACAGCGAGCAGGUCCUCCGCCUCAUGCACAGCCUAGGCAUCGACCAGCACAAGACUGUAGAGUCACUGCAGAACAAAAGCUACAACCACUUUGCUGCUAUCUACUACCUGCUAGUUGAGCGGCUCAAAGCCCACCGCUGCAGCUUCCCCGUCGAACCGCGGCUCGAUGCCCGCCAGCGACGGCCCAGCACCAUUGCAGAACAGACUGUUGUCAAGUCGACCAGUGGUUCAGCACAGGUGGGUUUGCUCCCACAGGGCCUUCGUCUGCUUCGCUCCCCUGCUGUGCCUCAGGCUUCAACGGACGCUUUCAAUUUCCCCCAGACUGGGUGUCCCCUGGAGCAGAACUUCAUGGUGGAGGAUGUCAACACGCCCAAAGUGAACGGCUGUCUGCUAGACCCCCUGCCUCCCCACACUGUCCACCGCAAGUCCUCCACCUCUUCGCCUAGCAACAUGAUGGAGACGUCGAUCGACGAAGGCAUUGAGACGGAGGAGCCUGACACAGAAGAGGAUUCGCCCCACCUGCUCUCAGCCUAUCAGACAGCUCGGUUCGGCCAACGGAGACACACUCUCUCAGAGGUCACCAACCAACCAGGGCCAUCAAACCAGGGUAAACUAUUCACUCUCGGACAUAACCCCUCCAUGGGCAGUGUGGACUCAGACAUGGGUUACGAUAUGGGCUCCAUGCAAAGCGACUUUGGCCUCCUAGAUGAUUCCUCCUCUCUCAGUGAGGUGGUACCUUGCAACAGCUCCGCCACUGGCGUCAGCCCUGCGCCCUUCAUGAGCACUCGGCCCGCCUACCCAGCAAUGGCUGCCCUGACUACACAGCAUCGAGAGGCACACAACCGCUCCCCCAUCAGCUUCAGAGAGGGACGGCGAGCCUCGGACACCUCACUCACCCAAGGUCUGGUUGCGUUUCGGCAGCACCUUCAGCACUUGGCGAGGGCCAAGGGCAUCCUGGAACUGAACAAGGUCCAGAUGCUGGUGGAGCAGAUGGGCUCUGGGGAAGGGGCUGCCAUGGGCCUCAUGGGACCACAGCACCACUUGCACAACCUCCUGGAGGGCGAGGCGUCCAAGCAACAAGAAAGCCUAGCUUUAUACCAAGGUGGACCUCAUCCGCCUCUCCUGUCCCGCAGACAGAGUUUGGAGACACAAUACCUCACUCACAGACUACAGGCCAACGUGUUGGCUAACAGUCCUGCUAGCUGCCAGCUUUUCUGUAAGGAGAACCCUCGAAGUUUAGAGCAACAGCUGCAGGAACACAGACUGAACCAGAAGAGGAUGUACCUGCAGCAGUCACAGGGCAUGGGGCUGCAGACCUACUUCAACCAAAUGCAGAUUGCUGAAGGAUCCUAUCCCACAGGCAGCCCUGCUUUGGACCUGGCAGCGUCUCAAAGUUCCCCUCAGGGCCCCCCCAUGUCAGCCGCCCAUCAGCCCCAGCAGCAGGUCAGUCCUCAGGCCUCCCCGCCCUUCAGCCACAGCCUCACCCCGCUGAUGGAACCGGGCGAGGGCCUGGUUUACGAUCCCUACAUGAGCCACCACCACUACACCCACCACCUCCCCCCUGGAUCUCACCUCCACCACCAGCUUCACAACCUGCAGCCUCAUGAAGUGUCUGCAAGCGGCCUGGGCUUCAGCUUCCCUCCAGGCUGUGAGCAGCAGCUCCUGGGUCCUUCCACAGAGGCUCUCCUCCCAGAUCAGUACGAGUUCCCUGCCUUGGACCCCAACUUGCUGCCCCCGCCUGCUCCGGGGGAGGCUGAGGCUGGAGCUAUGGGCGGGGUCAUGGCUGGUCAGGGGCAGUCAGACAGCCUGGGCCUGCCUGGGCUGCAGGGCUCCCUCCUGGACAGUGAGAUGAUGGAGACUGUGGACUCCCAGCACGGCUUUGUACUGGUCAACUAAAACCAGCUGAAGGGGGUGAAAGAGAAAGCAGUAUUAGGCAAAGAGAACCUACACAGCACUAAGAGCAGAGAGAAUGGAGAUGUAAGAGGAGGCCACAAGCGUAGCAACAGGGAAGAAGUGUUCAUUUUUGUACGACUAAUACAAACUUUCAUUUCUUAGUUGUGACAAAACCUCAGACAACCUUUCUACCAAAUUCCUCCCUUAGCCUACCUCCCCUUCUCCCCCUCCUCUGUUUCUGUUCUCAUGAGCCACGUGAGGCAGGAAAACAGGUCCCACAUGUGGCACAAAGUAAGCUUCACCAUGAUGAUUUGGCGCGGCUGCUGUUGUCACAGAUUUUGUGCCCCCCCCCCCCCCCCCCCCCAUGAGGACUGCACAGUUCAGCCCGGGGAGCUGCUGCAUGUACUGGAGGCUGCCAGAGUGCAGCUUCACCUAGAAAUGGUUUGGAAGAGAAGGACAGAAGAACUGACUGACAGACAACCAAAAGGACAACGGCUGGCAGUGCUUUUUGUAUUUAUAAUAGGACACAACAACAAUAGACUGGUUCUUAUAACACUUUUGAGCUUUUUUUUUUUUUUUUUUUCAGUAGAUGAAAAAAAAAAAACACAACUGAACAAGAGAAUGGCCCUCAUUUAUCACGGUACCAUAAUUCUAACCACAAAUUCAAGUGUUUUCCUCCCCACGCUAUAUUUGUCACACUACUCUGACCACAAACAUGACGGUCGUAUUCAGAACAGCAUAUGUUUCAACACUACCAUCAUUAAGAACACUUUCCGCUUGUCUUUAGCUUAAACUAAUAACUCUAAACAUGCUGAUUGAAGCUCAGGUUGGAGAGUAAUGCAAACGUGUUGCUGUUUUGUGUUUUUAACAGCGCUAAAGCUAAGCGCUAGCACUAAGCACUCUUUCCAAGCUUGUUUAUUCAGUGUUAAUUUACAAGAUAAAUGAUAGAUACUACAUUUCUGUAGCUGCAAGCUUUAAAGCAGGUGAUUUGACUUAAAUAAUACACAUUCUUGGUGAUCUUUGUCUUUUUCUUAUUUGUUACUACUGAUCACGAUUUAUUUCUCACACUACUGAACUGCUUUUCCUUCUUACAGUCAGAUUGCACACACUUGCCGGUUUUCAUUUUACUCAAUAAACGAAGGAUCAUUCCCAGUUAUUGCAGUCAAAAUGGCCACGUCUGUUUUAACAGUUGAACUGUGGGUCGUGUGUCUGCCUGAUAAAUGAGGGCUGAUGUAAUUAUCGUGUGUUUGGUUGAGAAGUAGCGGUGUUAGACAGUCGAUAUUAUUCGAUUUUUGUGGCAAUACUGAAGCAAUAUUAUUAAUCCUUAAUGUAGAGGGACGAUGAACGGAAGCAUCACCUGUGCAGCCAGCUCUGAUUGGUUCCCGGGAACCAGUGUCGUCAGCAGUGACAUCACUCUAGCCGAUGAUGUAACCAGGAGAUAAUCUCUCACCAACUCGACCCCUGGGAGUGCAGGGACGGGCCUGGAGACAAUUGUGUGGCGAUGAAUGUGUUUGUGUGUGAGAGUACGUGAGUGUGAUUACCGUUUGUUUGCACAAUUCCUACAUCAAAUUUGUCAAAUCCUUCAUGGUCAUUCCUAAAAAUGACCGACACUGUAUUGAUGUCUCCAUUGAAAAGAACACAAACUGUGCUUUUUUUCCCCCCUCAGUGCACAGUCAGUGGUAGCUUUUAGAUGAAUUCUGGUUGACAUCCUCAGUGCUCCAGUCAUGCCUCUGUGUUUCUUGUAAUAAUGUUUGUAAUAAUGGAGUGACCCCCUAAAAGAUUCCCUGCAUUGGAUUUCAUGAAUGAAUGUUUCCUCUCUGACGUUUGAAGGCUGCUGUGAGACAAAGACGAGCACGUCAUUGGCCUGACACUGGAUUUUUCACUAUAGGCUCUAAAAUGCUCUCUUUGACUGACAGCUAGCCAGCAAUCAGACGAGAGAUUUAUUUUUUACAGCACUUAGACUGUGUUCAAUUUUACUUGAAGCGCACACAUGUAUCUACCCUGAUGAUGAUGAUUAUGAGUUAUUAAAAAAAAAAAAAAAGAGCACCCUUUCAUGGAACAAUGGGACAGUGAACAUCCGAGGGUGAGAUGGGACUGUGACCAUUUGCCAGACUGUGUGACCCUCAGUGGUCAUAGGUUAAACUGUAGGAGUGUUUGUGUGCAGAUUAGACUUGAGACAGGACCCGGCAGAGUUCACAAUCAGAGCCUCAAACAUCACAAGGGUUUGUCUUCAUCAUUGAAGUCAACAGUCUUAAAAGAUGUUUAGAAAAUAUGGACCAACUGGUGUUGCAGUCCGGUGCAGAAGUAAAAGGAAAAGUCCACCCUGUAGUGCUCAUUAACCGUGCUUCAUGUGAGAUGUGACCUCACUGAUCGCCUGUGACUGAAGAGUGAUCUCUCUGCUGCUUGAUUUUUGAUGAACCUGAUAGAUGCUUGGUCUAUUUGAUGAUGGAAAAUAGAGGGACAAAGCAAUGUAGAAAAACCUUAUGGCCUUUUUUCCCUAACAGUCGAAAGCCCAAUAGUAAUUAGUUUACUUUAAUCCAGCAUAAACCUAAUUAAUAACAAAUAUACUUUACUUUUUGUAAAAAUAUAUAAAUGUAUACAUUUAAUCUCAUCCCCCAAAAAUGCUGCUUAUCUUUACCUGAGACAAACAGACAAUAUCAAAAACAGACACUUUGCCCCUGAUUCUUUUUUCUUCAGUUGUGUUCUUUUAAUUGUCCUGAGCCCACAAAAUCAAUAAUAUGAUAUAUUUUUGUCACCGUUCAAGAAGUCAGUUCUGAUUCUUUAGAGGUCACUGUUUUUCCCUGACAUUUGGCAGAAGUACUGUUAACUCCAGGAACAAUGGCUUUAAACAGACCAUUGUGCUCUGCAGCAUGACAUGUCGCAAAACUGGACCGGUUGCUUCUAUAAUAGUUCCACCCUGAAAAUUGACUAACUACUUGUCUUUUGUUUAUGUGGUCUUACACCCACGUGUUAUUGAUAGGAAUGAGUUCACACCCAGUUUGUAGGUCUUGUGGAAGAUGUCCUUUAGAAAGAAGGAGGAAAUCAAGCAGCAGAGUUGAACGCAUUCAUAGCAUUAAAUCAUCAGUGUCAGCGGUCCAGUAUCAGAGGGUGGAUUUAGCCUUUUAUGUGAAUAUUGUUUUAUUUUGUAUUAGGUCAGGCUGGAGUGGCUACAGGUUGAUCUGUUGAAGUUGAAUACUAGAGCACUUUGACAACAAGGGGAAGAGGUGAUGUAGCGGGAGAGGAGGAGGAGGUGGAAAAGGUUUGUAUUGCUCUGCCGUUUCCUGGCAGAUGAAACAAAACCCACAAUCUUUAGGAAGCACCUUUCUACUCUCUCUCUUCCCCAACUAAUAAUGGACACAAAACACAUUUCUUUCAAAGAAAGACACACCAACACUUUAUCUGAUUGUUGGUUUUUAAUCCAAGUGAGGGUCAACGAUUUUCAGUUAAUGAUGAGUGUCAUUUGUAAAAAAUUAGAGGUGUAGUGAAUCGUCGGUGUUACACCGAGGUUGAUUUUGUGUUGAACGUGUUCAGUGUGCCUUUUACUUUUUUCAAUCUAAAUUAAGAUUUUGAAUAGCAUAGUUUUUUUUCUGUUUGAACCCGUUUAUCAUUGAUUUUUACUAUUACUUUUUCUUUUCUUCCGAAAAGUAGAGCCAGGUUUUACAAAGGUACAAAACCAAAGUCCCUCAGAAGUUUCCCUGUACAACCCACCGUGUGGAGUUUUGGAGCUUCUCUCUCAGCUUCUCUAUCAUGCUUUUUUUUUGUUCUCGUUGGUCAAUCAGUGUAUGCCAUUUAAAAGUAUUAUAGCAAUAUUUCUCUAGCUGAAGACUCAAGUCAUGAAGAUUCUAGUGGACGUGUUUCCAAGUUGAAUAAUUUCACCUCCUGCUGAUAAAACAAAACAUCAAUCUAUCAAUAGAAAUCCAGUUUUAUAUUUACCUUCAUUGAUGUUGACCACACAUAAGCUAACUUGCUGUUGAGAUUAAAAAAAGUUUAUUGAACAUCAAA